AUGCGCCCAUUGUGGGUCCAGGAAGCAUGGAUACUUGGGUUGUUGGAAGAGGCUGACCUGCGAUCGCUGUGGGAAGAAGGGCCAUCCAUCAGAUCGUUUCCUGUUCUGCAACCCGACCAAGCGCGUUGGGAUGUUGCCGGAGAAGGUCGAGAAGAUGCUAAAUUAGGACGCUCGCCAGGUUUGAAUCUGGGUCCAUGUUGCUUCUUCGGUGCGUCUAACGGUUUUGUUCGGGAAAGUGCAGUGAUGGAGCUGGACCUACUGCUGGGCGAGUCGAGGGGGUAUUGGAACUACCAUGCUCCAACAAAAUGGUUUGGACAAGCCAAGGCCUCUGAGAAGAUUAACAACGAUCGAGCUAACUUGUUGUUCGAUACUGGCGCCGAGAUAUCUAUUUUGGAUAUCGCCUUUGCUCGUAAGAUAGGCUGCCAGAUUGACGAAAGCGAGCGCCAAGAAUGUGUUGGUAGCGGGGGAGUCCGUGUAUACCACGGAAAGACGUACCCGCAUCAAGGUCACCCUGAACGGGAACUUGGUAUACAUUUUUAA